AUGCACUAUAAUAUAAAUCACCCUGAAUAUUUGCGAGAACAACAAGAAAGAGAAUAUAACCGACAGCAUCAAUUACCUCAACCACAAGGAAUAUGGCAACCUGCUACGGAGUAUCCACAUUCAUCAUCCAAAUUAUGGUAUCAACAACAGCAACAUCAAGAAUACAUGCAGCAACAUAAUAUGCAACAACAUACACGUCAGCCAUAUGAGCAACAACAACAAUUACCUCCACCACAAGGAAUAUGGCAACCUGUUAUGGAGUAUCCACAUUCAUCGUCAUGGUAUCAACAACAACAUACAACUCAGCAACAUCAAGGAUAUCUGCAACAAAAUAAUGUGCAACAAUAUACAUCUCAGCAAUAUGAGCACCAACAACAAUUACGUCCACUACAAGGAAUAUGGCAACCCGCUAUGGUGUAUCCACAUUCAUCGUUAUGGUAUCAACAACAACAACAUACAGCUCAGCAACAUCAAAGAUACACACAACAAUAUAAUGUACAGCAACAGCGACAACAUACACCUCAACAACUAAAUAAUAUACAACAACAACAUACACCUCAGCAGUAUAAAGGAUAUUUGCAGCAAUAUACACCACAUCAAUUAAAUCAACAUGUUCCUUCAGGAGGAGAGCAGCAAGAAGUAACUGAAAAUGAAACCAUGAAAUUAUGCGAAUACUGUAAAGUCAACAUUGAUCCGAUCUCAACUUACUAA